AAAGUGGGAUUAAGCCUAUGUUGGACUACACAAGUAAGGGCAAAACCGUCAUUCUCCCGACAGUACAACAAGGCACAGGCUAAUGGUGACAUGUAAAACUAACAUUACGACGUCGUUUAAUUUCCUCCACCACGUUCGUCCUCGUCAACAGUGAUUUACUAGAAAGGGGAACCGAGAUUAGGAGAAAUCUCCAGUUAAGAGACGAUCAAACAAAUCGUAUUUAAUUCGGCCUUCUGGAUUCAAGAUAGCUGCUGCUUUUUUUUGUUGCUAUUGUUAUCCGAAAUCGGGAAGAAAGUUUCGCGGAUUUUUUUUUUUUGGUAAAUUAGGUUUUUGGAUUUUGCCAAAUUGGGUUUUGCAUCAUUCAAUUGUGAAAUCUUGUACGUAAAAUUGAGUUCUAGUCAGUAAUAAACGGCACACCUAGGGUUUCGAGAAUUAUGAAGAAGGCGAUGGAUAGCUUACAAGAUCUGAUCGAAGAAGCUAAGCUUCGCACCGUGUGGUGGAUUCUCUGUAUAUUCGCAGUUUCUUAUUUCUUAACGCAUACCAGUAAAUCAAUGUUAAUGAAUAUUCCCAUAGCCAUACUUUUGGUCUCUGGACUAAGAAUAUUGUUGAAUGAGGUUGAAUUCCGAUGGAAGGUUUGGAAUAACAGACCAACAUCCUACUUGUCGCACUUAGAAAAGAAGCAGCUAUCUGUGAAUGAUUCUCGCCUUACUACCCCGCCUCCCCCGCAAAAAUGGAAAAGAAAAAUAGAUUCUCCUGCUGUGGAAGCAGCUAUUGAGGAUUUCAUCAACAAGCUUUUGCAUGAUUUUGUAGUUGACCUGUGGUAUUCCGAAAUUACGCCGGACAAAGAAGCACCGGAGUUAAUACAUGCUAUAGUCAUGGAUGUUCUUGGUGAAGUAGCUGUAAGAUUGAAAGAAUUGAACCUUGUUGACCUGUUGACAAGGGAUGUAGUAGACCUGAUAGGAGUUCACCUUGAUCUCUUCAGAAGAAACCAGGCUGCUAUAGGUGUGGAUGUCAUGGGAACAUUGUCUUCUGAAGAAAGGGAUGAAAGGUUGAAACACCAUCUCCUAGCCUCUAAGGAGCUUCACCCUGCUUUGAUAUCUGCAGAUUGUGAGUACAAGGUUCUUCAGCGGCUCAUUGGUGGACUUUUAGCUGUUGUGUUGAGACCAAGGGAAGCCCAAUGCCCUUUAGUUCGAUGCAUUGCUCGUGAACUCCUAACUUGUUUGGUAGUGCAACCUAUUAUGAACUUUGCAAGCCCUGGGUAUAUUAAUGAGUUGAUUGAAUAUGUUAUCCUUGCCUACAACAGUGAGGGCUCAAAGGACGCUGCCACUGAUCAAUCACCUAAUGUGGAGGGUCGUAAUCAUGAGCCCAGUGUUUCUGGAGACCAUAGUCAAACCAGCGAAUCUAAUUUGAGGAAAAAAGUACACUCCGACAAUCAAGGGGCUGAUUUGUCAUUGUCUUUGUCUCAGUCCGAUCAUAAAAGGGUAUUAGAGCCAGGUGGCUCAGGAGAUCUCUCAUCAAGUACAUUGCAGGAUGACUUCACACACACACGAACUGAGUGGGCAAAAGGGUUUGAGGCAGCAACCCAGAGAAGAACAGAAGUUCUUAUGCCUGAAAAUCUUGAAAACAUGUGGACAAUCGGAAGAAACUACAAAAAGAAACUUGAAAAGAAAUCUGCUCCAGGAAUUCAGGCUGCUGAAGUUACAUAUUUGGUCAGCGGAACAUUUCCUACGAAACGUUUGGUCAGUGAAGUGCCAAAACAGAAGCUUGAAACAUAUGUUCAGAUAGAAGACAAAGUUUCUAUGCAAUUACCACCCAGGCCCCAACAGGAUAGUCGAGCCGCUGGUCUCAGUAUUAAUCCUUUAAGCAGUUCCCAAAAGCUUAAUGAUGAGGUGUUUCCAAAAGGAAGCUCUAAAUUUGAUGAACUGGAGAAUACUGCUGCUGUUGUUUCCCAUGAAAAUAGAAACAAGCUUAAAAGAUCAAACAGCACUUCUGACUUGAAUGUUCAGUCAAACUUGGAAAAUAUGUUUGUUAGUAAAGACAGUACACCCAUCAUUAAUGAAUACUACAGUGCAGAUGGGAAGAAACUUAAUGUACACAGUCUGAUGAGCCAUUCAGACAUGGGAUUACGUCGUGAAGGCCUUCAAAAUCCAAAGCUUCGAUGUCGGGUCAUAGGCGCGUACUUUGAGAAACUUGGGUCAAAUUCUUUUGCAGUUUACUCAAUAGCUGUGACCGAUGUUGACAACACCACUUGGUUUGUGAAGAGAAGAUAUCGGAACUUUGAGAGAUUGCAUAGGCAUCUUAAAGAUAUUCCCAAUUAUACAUUACAUUUGCCUCCCAAGAGGAUAUUCUCUUCAAGUACGGAGGAUGCUUUUGUUCACCAGCGUUGUAUUCACCUUGACAAAUAUCUUCAAGAUCUCUUGUCAAUUGCCAAUGUUGCUGAGCAGCAUGAAGUGUGGGAUUUUCUGAGUGCCUCUUCCAAGAAUUACUCUUUCGGGAAAUCACCUUCUGUGAUGAAGACGUUGGCAGUCAAUGUGGAUGAUGCUGUGGAUGAUAUAGUACGCCAAUUCAAAGGGGUUUCCGACGGCCUGAUGGGGAAAGUUGCUGGCUCACCUUCGUCUUCUUUUGAACAAGCUUCUUCAGUUACAAGCAGACACCUGUCCUGGAACGCUGAUGAUAUAAAUAAAUUGGCUAUGAGGCAAAGUACCUCAGAGUCAAUGAACAGUUGUUCUGACAAUGAUGAAUGCGAUAAAGAUGUAAACCAGGGAGAACAGGAAGCGGAAGCUGCGACCGAGACUAAUGGUGGUAAUUCAGACUAUGACCCACAGAGGGUUGUUAAACAUGAUGAAGAUGUCAGAAACAUGGAUUCAGAAGAAAGGUUGAAAUCAGAAUCAGUUUCUGGGAGUAGAUAUCUGGAGUCAAGUCUGGCCUUAACAUCUGUUCCUCAGGAGGAUCCAAUACGUGUGCCCCCAGAGUGGACACCACCAAAUUUAAGUGUUCCAAUUUUGAACUUAGUUGAUAAUGUAUUUCAGCUCAAGAGAAGAGGGUGGCUAAGGAGACAGGUCUUUUGGAUAUCAAAACAAAUAUUGCAGUUAGUCAUGGAAGAUGCCAUUGAUGACUGGCUUGUAAGGCAAAUCCAGUGGCUCCGUAGAGAGGAUGUUAUCGCACUAGGGAUUCGAUGGGUUCAGGAUGUUCUCUGGCCUGAGGGCACAUUCUUUCUUAAAUUGCGUACCCAAAGUCAACUAAAUUAUUGUGAAACUGCUGGGGUAUCUCCACAAACUACAAAGCAACCAGGUGGAGUGAGGACUGCUCAAGCAAGGUCUUUCGAACAACAGCUCGAAGCUGCUCGCAGAGCUAGUUAUGUGAAAAAGAUGAUAUUCAAUGGUGCUCCCACCACAUUGGUCAGUUUGAUCGGGCAUAAGCAGUACAGACGUUGCUCCAGAGAUAUAUAUUAUUUCCUUCAGUCGACGGUUUGUUUGAAGCAACUUGGUUAUGGAAUCCUGGAACUUGUUCUAGUAUCAAUUUUCCCCGAGCUGCGUGAGCUUGUGAUGGAUAUCCACGAAAAGAAGCAUGCUCAGCCUGUGUAGAACUGAUUUUUUUUUCUUUUUUCUUUUUUCUUUUUUCUUUCUAACUCGCUGUGUGAAGAUGGUCGUAAACGUCAAAAUUCAUGGAAGAGUGUAUUUGCUUUUGUGGUGGAGCCAACAUAAUAGGGAUUUUAUUUAGAGACUUCUAAUUUGUUCGACUAGUAUAGUAUCAUCUGGCUCCACCACUAUUCGUGGAUGCUAUCGAGAUUCAGUUUCUAUUUCAUGGUGUACAAAAUGUACAGUAGCUUAUGUACAGUUCUCCUUUUUCUGUGUAUAUAUCGUAAAGAAUCGAUUUAUCAGCAGUGACUCUUUUUCCAGAAAAAUACGUAAUUCAUUC